UCGAUGGCAACAAGGCACUCACAUGACACGUGCGACGAACCUCGUCGUACUUACAAACGUAUUAAUCACCUUACUACACCGACUAGAUUACACUCAGCUUGGAUCAUACGCCCACAUCAAAGGCGUAAAUUCAUGAUUUCUGUAUCCUUAUUUCUUUAAAUAUUUCCUGACCACUGUACUAUAGUGAUGACGAGUGAUCAUAGUGACCUGGAAAUAUUGGUUCUGCAAACAGGAGGUACAAUCGACAAAGAUUACCCAAGGCGAGUGGGAGGUUAUGCCUUUGAAAUCGGGGAAUCUGCAGUCAUUGGUAUGAUGCAACGUAUCCAGCCAGACCUGCAGUUUACAUUCAAGACAGUGUGUCAGAAAGACAGUCAAGACAUGGUGGAUGGAGACAGGGAGUUCUUGUGGAAAGCAUGCCUAGAAGCUCCGCAGACAAAAAUCCUCAUCACCCAUGGCACGGACACAAUGAUCGAUACAGCUGCCUAUCUCGCAAGGAAGGAACCCCCUCCCCAAAAGAUGAUAGUUCUAACUGGUGCCUUUCUCCCAGCAACCUUCAAGCUCUCAGAUGCGGAAUUCAACGUUGGAGUUUCUCUGGGGGCGCUGCAGUGUUUGACGGAGACAAAUGUGUAUGUUUCCAUGAGCGGAAGGGUACAUCGGUGGGACAGAGUAACACGGGACAGUGAUAGUGGGAAAUUCAUUGCCAGAGCAUAAAAGAGAAGAAUCCGGCUUUUUAUUUUUUGUUUUAAUAUUGGAGGGAAGUGGGUGUUGUUUUGAAGACAAACGGACAGGCACUCACAAUGGAAAGCACCUUCUUCAUCAACAGACGGAGAAAUAUGCCCAGUACCAAGUCAGAGAAUACAAUGUUUGGCAGUAAUGGUAGUCAGACCCCUGACACUUUCCAGUGCCACUAAACAUUUUCAUCCUGGUACCAGAACUAACAUUACCUGCAGCAUUCUCUCUGGGUUUUUUUCUCUUAAAUGUUUUUUUUUUAAAGUUUUCCACAAAAAAAAUCAUUGACUUUCAAGAUACUAUCAUUGGAUUGGGGCUUGUCUUAUGGCCAAAGGCAUUGUGUAAUGGAGCAGCUGUUUAUUUACAUACUUUGUAUUUAUUCUGCCAUAAUCAUCUGAGACUAUCAGAGGUGCAUUUACUUAAAAAUCACUCAUUUUUAGCGCUGUAGAGAUUUUUUUUCAGUAUUUACUUUAGGAGUACCUUAUUUUCACACAAGUGAAAAGAAGAACUGAGGUUUCUUGUUUCUUACUGAUGGGUCAUUCCAUGAGGUUGAGGCACAAUUUGUGACGGUGUCCUUGUUAGUAAGUUGUUACAUGGGUAACUUUUACCGUCUGUCAUGUUGAGUACGUCAUUUACUCUGUAAAGAUAACAAACACCUCUGUGUUCAGCCUUGCAAGAUGUAUAACAGUGUCAAUGUGGAAUCCACAUGCAGGGAAAUAGCUGUUCAUUUUUACAGAACUCGUGUAACAAUUGACACCGUCACAAAUUGGGCCCCAACCUCAUGGAAUGACCCUGAUGUAAAUUGCAGCUCAUAAAGUUGGAAAUGUUGCUUGAAAUUCAUGACCAAAACUCCAAAUGACAAAAUAUUUGUACAAUUCAACCACAAAGCAAAUAGGCCCUGUUACAUUUGCUGCUGAUCAAAAUUAAAAUGUAAUGUUGUGGGGGGGGGACUGAGACGUAAUAGAAAGAGUUGAAUAAGACACUUCUUGCUAGAUUUUAUGAUCAAUGUGUCUUGCUCUUUGGUACCUAUCUGAAUUGCACGGCUUAAGAAGGUAGGCCCAUGGAUUUAUGGUAGGCCUAAAUGGUAGGCGCGCCGUCACUGCCGGAUAUACCCCCAUAACCAUGGGAUUCGUGUAAUUAUGCCCAUCGCGCCCUGGGGAUUGUUACAAACCCGGGAGAUCUUAGCCUAUCAGCGGGUGGGCAUUGGAAUUCAAGUAGGCGUAAGUACAAAAGAAUUUCAGAAAUUAAACAUUUUGUUCAAUA